GAGGAGGCGGUGGCCGAGCCCCCCCCCGCUCCGUGCUGAGCCGAGCCGUGCUGCAGCCGUGCCACAGCCGAACCGAGCCGUGCUGGGCUCAGCCCCAGCGAACCGAACCGAACCGAACCGCACCGCCCCGCACCGCCUCUCGCUGAUGGCGGCUCCCGGUCCCACGCGUGUCCCGGUCCCAGCGCGGAGCCGCCGCUGAGCGCUGCGCAUCGGCCCGGCCUCCAGGAGAAAUGUUUGGAGUUUGCAAGGAGCUGAGAUGAGAAAAAGGGGAUGGGAGGUGACUGCGAGUCAGCGCCGCUCUCCGAAGGCUGGCGGUGAUGGGGGUUUAAUGGCUGCACCCAUCAGCUCCCACCAGGUCCAACCUGCUCUGGAUGGACAGAUCCCCGCGCUGUCAGUUUGUAGAGACAUGUUCAACGGAAGCCGGACAUACAGCCCCUUGCCUUCCUCGCCAGCCUCACGGGCAUCCUCCUCCUCCUCCUCCUCCUCUUCCUCACUGCCGGUGGCUCCGCGGAGACCCCCCCGGGCCCUGCCACGCCACAGCUCGCUGCUCGCCCAGUACAGCAGCCUGCUGGAGAGCUACACGGAAGGGGAGAUCCGGCAGCUCAUCUCGGCGCUGGUGGAGCGCUACAGCCAGGCCAUGAACUCAGGCGGCCACGAGCUGCCCCUCUUCCCCAAAGCGGGCAACCGCAUGAAGCGGGCGCGCGCCCGCCACAAACCCUGCGCCCUGAAGGAGCUGGAGGUGAGUGUCAGCGAGCUGGGCCUGGGCUACGAGUCGGACGAGACCGUGUUGUUCCGCUACUGCAGCGGCACCUGCGACGCGGCCGUCAGGAACUACGACCUCUCGCUGAAGAGCGUGCGCAGCCGGAGGAGGAUCAGGAAGGAGAAGGUGCGAGCGCGGCCCUGCUGCAGGCCGCUGGCCUACGACGACGACGUCUCCUUCUUGGACGCCUACAACCGCUACUACACCGUCAACGAGCUGUCGGCCAAAGAGUGCGGCUGUGUGUGAAGGGCCAGGUUGGGGGGUGGCCCAAUGGGGCCGAAGCCUGUGGUGGGGACGGGGAUGGACCCCCCACUGCUGCCUGCCCCAUGGACCCCCCAUGUCCAGUUGGAGGAGGAGAGACGACCCAUGGAUCCUCCAUGUCCAGUGGGACCCUCCACAUCCAUUGGGGAGGAGGAGAGAUGACCCGUGGACCCCCCCAUGUCCACUGGGACCCUCUAUGUCCAGUGGGAGGAGGAGAGAUGCACCGUGGACCCUCCAUGUCUGGUGGGAGGAGGAGAGAUGCCCUAUGGACUACCCCAUGUCCACUGGGACCCUCUACGUCCAUGGAGGAGAAGGACAGACGCCCCACAGACCCUUCAUGUCCAGUGGGAAGAGAAAUGCCCCAUAGACCUUCUAUGUCCACUGGGAGGAGUGGAGAUGCUCCAUGGACCCCCCACGUCCACUGGGACCCUCUAUGUCCAUGGAGGAGAAGAAGAGAUGCCCCAUGGAUCCCCCCAUGUCCAGUGGGAGGAGGAGAGACUGCAACGCUCGUGUGACCCCGAGCACUGCUCCCUGCCCACGCGUUUGUGCCGUGACUGUGGGGCUGCAGAGGAAGGUGUAAGUGUGGGUGUUGUCCUACUGAGGGUGUUCCCAUCAGCCUACCAUCUGGUUGGGUGUGUGACACAAGUGCUGGGCUCAGGGUGUGACACACGCUCAGGGCAUGCUGCGCCUGGGGCGUUGUGCACAGAUGUUGUCCGUGUUGUCGUGCACCAGGUUGCGCACGGGGUGCUGUCACACAAAUAGGAUGGCUCACCCAGGGAGGGGUUGUGAGCUGCACGGUGGAGGUGACAGAGCCGUGUGUGUGGGCUCUAACGUGUGCGGUGUGUCCAUAGGGUGCCUGGUGUUACAGUGUGCUGUGUGCACAGGGGGUGUUGGAUGGCUACAGGUGCCCCCAGGAAGGGCUCACGUCCGCUGGUAUCACUGCAUCCGUACUGGGGUCCCUGCGCUGUGCCCAAAGCCCCGUGUUGGGUGCGGAGCUGCACGCACACCGUGGAAAGGCUCCAUCUCCGCUCCCCACACCCCAUCCCCUCGCUCCCCGCAGCCGUCGCCUUGUAGGAUAAUCUGCAGUAACUGGAUUAACCCCACGGCCCCUCCGCCUGCAGCCGGGCUGGAGACGCCGCGGAGGUGACACUGAGCCACGAGGCCACCGGCACAGCCGGGCUGAGGCAGGUGGGGAUCCCCCAAAGCUGCCCCAGCUCUACCCUAAGGGUGUGCGGGAUUCCCAAUGGGGCAGCGCAGCUCGGAGCACGCGCAGGACAGGGCUCGGGCCUGGGCUUUGGCUCCACUUUGCAUUUACAGCAGUGUCACUCUUGUUUACUCUGCGGAGAAAUAAAUGAGACCGCAGACUUUUGCGUUCUCCGGGCAGGCUAAAUUUGUUGCCUGGGAUUGAUGGGUUUUCUCCCCUUGGCCCUCUUCCCAGAAAAAGCAAAUCAUAAACAGAAGGAGAAUAUUGGUGUCGUGUCCUGGGCAUGGAGGGAGAACGCUUCGAUGGCAGCGCUCCGCAGGGGAACCUCUGUGCCAUAUUGGGACUGUGGCCAUUGGGACCCGGGCAGGAUUGUGGGGUGACAAAGGUGACCCCAAAAGAAGGAGCUGCAGGAGGAGCUGCGCUUGUGACCCACGCUGUGCCCACGGCUCACUCCUGCCUUCAAAUAAAGCAACGCAACGCACCCAAAUCUAAUAAUAAUAACUGCGCUCUGAAGGGCUUGGGCGCGUUCCAGUUCUCACUACUAUAAAACUAAAAUUAGUUGUGUUGCAGAAGCCUCCAGUUAAACACACACACACACAAAAAAAAAAAACAACCGAAACCCACAGGCACUACAGCACAGGAAGGUGCUGCGGAGCGGUGCGGGAGGGUUUGCACCGAGCUCCCCGUGUCACCGGGAGCACAGAGGUGACGCUGAGGUUUUGCAGCUGUUGCAUCAGCCCCGGGGUCGGGUUUUGGAGCCGUGUUGGAGAUACCCGUUGGUUUCAGGGCUUGCAGGGUUGAGGCCAAGCAGCAGUUUUGCACCCUCAUGCUGCAGAACCCUCCCUGGUGCGCUUUGCAACCCCCAAAAGCACCCCAACGCAUUGGGGAACCCCCAGCGCGAGGCGUGCUGCAAAGCAACGCGGAUAGCUGCAACGCCUCUGCUUUCUUGUUCCCCCCUCUCCUUUUUCACCCCACGCAGAGGUGCGGGGGAAGCGGCUGACGUUGGCGGCGUGCGAUGGUUCGGGGAGUGCAUCUGGGCUGCAGCUGCGCCGUGCAGCCGCACAACACCCGGGGGACGAGCGGGGCCGCCGCGGCCAUCGCCCGACCGUGGCUUUUGCUUGCGUGUCGCUUCCGUGCGUGUCACUCAGGGCCGUCCUCUUGGGGACACGUGCGUCCUCCAGCUCCGGGAGCAUCGCCCCGUCCCGCACCGCCUGCGCAGGGAAAUGUGGUUCCAAUAGAACCGCCGCUGUUUCCCUUAAUGCUUUCCAUUUCUACAGCCCUCUCCGCUGUAAUAGGAGCUGGAGCUGUCCGGAAGAAUGUCUACAAUGCAGAAAAGGCAAAAAGGAUGGAAAAUUCCCCGCUCAAAGCUACGGCGCAAUCUCAUCUGGCUCUCUUCCUCAUCACCCCAUGCGUUACUGAUUGCUAAUAACGGUGUGCAACAUCUGUCCGGCAGCGUCUCCAGGAUUUGGGGGGCACCUUCCCCUGCAGCUUGCCCAUCACCCAGGGCGGGAGACAAGGGCUGGAAACCACGACGAGCUGUUUAGAACUAUUCCAGUGGUUGUGACAGCGCAAAAUAUGAGUGUUAUGUUAUCCCGACUCUCCGAUAAUGAGUUAUGGGACGUUUCAUUGUGUUUUACUAUACACAGCCCCAUCUGGCCGGGCCGUGUUUGGGUAACUCCGGCUCUGGCUCUGGUUCGGCUCCGCCUGUCGCUUGCAUCAGUCGGGAUCUCAUUUGCCAACGUGGGCGCACUCCCGAUUUGGUAUCGGCGAGGGGGAAAUGGGCCUAACAUCAUUGUUUCCACUCGGUGAAAGCACUGGCAAACGUCGCGUCCUUUAUUUAAACAGGUCCAGAAACGCGCUGGGAAGAAGUCGUUUCUCCCAGUUUAUCAAGACAAAUGGUUUUUCGGCGGUAUUCGAAACCUCAGCCGCCAUCUCUUCAUAAAUAGGGCUCCCACAUGGUUUUGUACUUGGUUAAACAAGGAGAGCCUCCAAGCUGAGGCCCAAGAGGAAGAAAAGAAGGAAAAAAAGGGGAAAAAUAGGGAAAAAAAAAAAGGACAGAUUUGGCAGCCAUAGGCAGGAUAAGGGUGAGUGCAGGAGGAGGCAGCCCCAUCCCCACAUCCCCAUGUCCCCACAUCCCCAUGUCCCCACAUCCCCACAUCCCCAUGUCCCCAUGUCCCCAUGCCCCCAAAUCCCCAUGAUCCCACACCCCAGUGUCCCCACGUCACCACUCAACGCCAUUGGCGCAACCCCAUUUCCCUUCUGGUAUUGUCGGCUCAGUCCGACCAUCUGCAGAAGUUGAUGCAAUGCAUCUAUAUUUUAGAUACUCUCUUAUUUAUUCGAAGUAACUUAUGUUAUUUAUUUAGAUACCAUAGUGUGCCAUCUAUGUAACGCGUUCUUUCUCUCUCUCUUUUUUUAAGAUUUUAUUUAUUGAUCCAAAUGGUGCCAAGUGCAGUUUACAUUUAUUACAUUUUUACCAUUUAUUCUGAACGUCGGGGGGAAAAAAAUGCGGUAUGAUAUUAUUUUUUUUAAACAAACGUAAACUCGGGUGUGAUGCUGUUACAUACUCACGAUAAAGUGAAAAUAAAAGGAGAAUUAUAUUGAU